GCUGAGGUAAUGAUACUCUUAGCUGAGCUGAUGCGGGAUCGGAUAGCCAGCCUCGAGAAAGCUAAUACAGCAGUAUUAGAGCGUAGAAAACGUAAGAAAAAGCGGAUACAGAAGCGUGGAGUCCUUACAAAGGGAGCCGGCGAGGAUCUACUCGCUCAGCGCGAGGCUGAUCAGCAGAUUGCUCAUGAAGAGCGUCAAGGAGGGGAGCGAUCAGGUGUUAGCCGCCAGGCUCUAGCGCGGUGUAGC